AUGUCUCAUUGGAAUAACUCAUACGCUUAUAACAACCAGUUCCAAGGAGCGCCCAAUACAUGGAAUAGUGAUUUAAGUGGGCAAUAUGUAAACCAACAAUAUUAUGGAAACAGACAAUUUGAGUCAAACAAUCAGUAUGUCAGUUUUGAAGAAUUUUUAACUCAAAUGCAGGGUAAUAGUGUUCCACAGAAUAAUGCUUCUAACUAUAAUAAUGUACAGUACCAGGCAUAUCCCAAUAAUCAAUAUAGUUAUCAAAAUGUACCCUCACAAAACAGUCAAAUGGAUUUUAACUAUGGUCCUAGCUCAUCCAAUGCCAGUAACAAUAUAGAUACUUACCAAGUCAAUGUUCAAAAUCAUUUCAACCCAGUCUUAACUGAUCCAAGUUCUUAUUCAAAUGAAGUUGUGAUUAAAUCUAAGCUCACACCAACUGCAACUGAAUUUGUGCCAAAAAGCUCUAUGAAUUUGCCAUCUACCAGUACUCAAAGUGCUUCAUCACAGGUGUCAGAUACAUCCAAUGGUGUAAGCGAAUCAAAAACUAAUAAUUCAAAAUCAUCUGAAAGUAAUUGGAGAGAAAGGCCAAGUAAUUCACACUGUGAAGCUACAAAUUCUCAAACUGAUAUAAACAAUUUUAGUCGUUAUCAAAAGAAGUAUAAAAACCCAGAAAACACCACCAGGAACUCAAAUGGCCGUAACAUUGAAAAUAAUAAACGUAACAAUGAAUCUAAUCAAGAUGCCAAUAAUCGUUAUCAUAACAGCAAUAACCAUUACAUAGAUUCUUCCGUUCAAAACCAAGAAUCAGAAAGUCAAAACACAGAAUCCCAUUCUAACCAAAAUGAUAGAAAUUAUGACUCUGGAAACCACAUGUAUGAAUCUAAAAAAUCUAAUAACGAUACCUAUCCAUCAAAGUCAAAUUAUAAAACAAAAAAUAAAGAACCAGAGGCAUGUAGAACUUUUUACAAUAGUACUAUAAAUAAAAGCAGCCAAGAUGUUAGAAAUGGUAGAGGAGAAAGUUCUGGAAGGCAGAAAAACUGGGUAGGAAGCCAACGGGUACGAACAGUAGAUCGUAAUGUUGUUGAAGAUGUACAAUAUGCUAAUACUUACAUGCAAUAUAAAGAUGAAAGAGUAGAGAGAGUGACAAAAAGUGAAAAGACUGCUAGUCCUAAUAGGGGAAGAAAUAAGAUUGUCACUGAAUUAGUAGGUAACUCAGCAAUGACCCAACGUGAACGUUUGAGUGAGCAAUUAGACAAGGGCACUUUAGAAUGCCUGGUGUGCUGUGAAAGGGUCAAACAAAUUGAUUCAGUCUGGUGGUGCUCCAAUUGUUACCAUGUCUUACAUCUUAGAUGUAUCAGGAAAUGGGCUAUGAGUAGUUUAGUUGAAGGUAAAUGGCGAUGCCCAGCUUGUCAGAACACAAAUGAAGAGAUUCCUAUGGAAUACCGUUGUAUGUGUGGUGCGGUCCGAUCACCUGAGUACUCACGUGGCGCAGUAGGAGCCCAUACAUGUGGUAAAGCCUGUCGCAGACCGAGGAGCUGCCCACAUCCUUGCACACUGCUAUGCCACCCUGGCCCAUGUCCUCCUUGUCAAGCUACUAUCAGCAAGAAAUGUGGUUGCGGAGCUGAGACGCGCUCCGUACUCUGCAGCAGCAAGCUGCCGCAGCUGUGCGGUCGAGAGUGUAAACGUAAGCUGGCGUGCGGAGUCCACGAAUGUCAACGUGAAUGUCACGAAGGUCCCUGCGAUGAUUGUUCAGAAACUGUAACACAAGUGUGCUACUGCCCUGCAGCGAAGUCCCGAUCAGUGGCAUGCACAGCGGAGACCGGCACUUGUGACACGUGGUCCUGCGGGGCGGAGUGCGCUCGCGUUCUGUCGUGCGGCGCGCACGUGUGCAGGCGCGCGUGCCAUCCGCCGCCGUGCUCGCCUUGCCCGCUGCGCCCCGACAACGUAAAAGCCUGCCCCUGCGGGAACACCAGAAUUGAAAAAGAUCAGCGAAAGUCAUGUGCCGAUCCUAUUCCCCUUUGCGGAAAUAUAUGUGCAAAGCCGUUACCAUGCGGUCCUGAAGGCGACAAACACUUUUGUAAACAGUUGUGUCAUGAAGGACCAUGCCCAACAUGCCCGGAUAAAACACUGUUGCCAUGCCGCUGUGGUCAUUCAAGUCGUGAAGUGCCUUGUUCAGAAUUGCCAGAAAUGAUCAAUAAUGUACUGUGUCAAAAGAAGUGUAACAAGAAGCUGUCGUGCGGGCGACACCGGUGCCGCACGGCGUGCUGCGCGGCGCAGUCGCACCGCUGCGCCGUGGUGUGCGGGCGCACGCUGUCGUGCCAGCUGCACCGCUGCGAGGAGUUCUGCCACACCGGCCACUGCGCGCCCUGUCCCCGCCUCAGUUUCGAUGAACUCCGCUGCGAGUGCGGUGCGGAAGUGGUUCUACCACCAGUGCGCUGUGGCACCAGACCUCCGAAGUGUAACGCUCCUUGUCGUCGCGAGAGACCUUGCAAGCAUCCACCCCACCAUUCCUGUCACACCGACGACUGCCCUCCUUGUGUGGUGCUCACCACCAAGAUGUGUCACGGACAGCAUGAGGAGCGCAAGACAAUACCGUGUUCCCAAGAAGAGUUCUCCUGUGGAAUGCCGUGCGGAAAGCCUUUGUCCUGUGGCAAGCAUACUUGCAUCAAGACAUGCCACAAAGGACCUUGUAAUACUGAAAAGUGCAGCCAGCCGUGCACGGAGAAGCGUCCAAGCUGCGGGCACGGGUGCGCGGCGCCGUGCCACGUGGCGGGCGGCGGCGCGUGCCCCAGCAGCGCGCCGUGCCGCCGCACCGUGCGCGCCACGUGCCCCUGCGCGCGCCGCGCCGCCGACCGCAUGUGUCACGACAACGCGCGUGAUUACGCUAAGAUGAUGAGUACGCUAGCGGCUACGAAAAUGCAAGAGGGAGGCUCCGUAGACCUAUCUGAAGUGCAACGCCCUGGAUCAAUGCUGAAGACGCUGGAGUGCGACGACGAGUGCCGCAUGGAGGCGCGCAGCCGGCAGCUGGCGCUGGCGCUGCAGAUCCGCAACCCGGACGUGUCGGCCAAGCUGGCGCCGCGCUACAGCGAGCACGUGCGCAGCACCGCCGCGCGCGAGCCCGCCUUCGCGCAGCACGUGCACGACUGCCUCGCCGACCUCGUGCAGCGCGCCAAGAAGUCGAAACAGAAGACGCGCUCGCACUCGUUCCCUUCAAUGAACCGUCAAAAGCGACAGUUCAUCCACGAGCUGUGCGAGCACUUCGGCUGCGAGAGUGUCGCGUACGACGCGGAACCCAACCGGAAUGUGGUCGCCACCGCUGACAGAGAAAAAUCGUGGUUGCCGGCGAUGAGUGUUUUGGAAGUGUUAGCCCGAGAGGCGGGCAAACGUCGCGUUCCCGGGCCGGUACUGCGGGCGCCAGCUACCAGCGCCAGUACAGCACCAGCAACUACCCCCACUACUUCCACCAGGACAACCAGCGGCUGGGCAACUCUGACGUCGACGAACGCCUGGGCUUCCCGCAGCCAGCCGCGACCCACCGCAGAACCCAAAAUAGAUUAUUUCGACAAUCCGCCCGAAAACUAG